CCAUCCGACCCUCUAUGUUUUUUUUGUUAAUAAUCCUCUGUUCACUUCCUGUCAACUGGUUGCUUGCUCCACCUCUUGAUCUAUGGUUGACUGCAUUUAAUCCUGUUUACUGUAUUCAAGCAGAAAAUUCUCAGAUUGAAGGUGUGUGCUAAGGAUGAGCCCCACCACAACUAAAAACAGGUUUUCCAGUAAAUAACACAAUCUCGGGGUUCACAGUGUGUUCCUCCCUCUGAAGGCUGUGGCAGCUCUAGCAGGUGCCACUCAGGGACUCAGUCGCUGCUGCUGUCCGGGAGUUUUUAUGCCAGGGCAAACUGGCCUUGAACUAGAGGCACCUGCAACACCUGGUUCUCUUCAGGCUCCUGAAGGGUUCUUCAGCUUGGGGAAUCUUGUGUAGGUAUUAAGAAUCUGAGGUCACCUGUGUCCUGUGCCCUGUCAUCUGGACUGUUGCCUUGGGGCCUGGUGGAUGCCUGGCCCAAGAAGUUAUCAAUUGUUCAUAGCAAAAGUCUUGAGUCAAAGGCCUGGGUGCAUCUCUGGAGUUCAGGGCCUGGGGGGAAAAGGUUGCUUUGUUUGAGCGAGGCAUUGGAGGUGGGGCUCGGAGAUGUGUUCCUGGUACAGCUUGUGAUGGGGGAGCUGGCUGUAGUUUGGAGACAGUGGUAAGUUAGUAAUUGAGAGGGACAGAGAGCACCCAGAGGCCUGGGGAGCACCCAGAGCAGAACUGUGGCUGGGUGCCGCUGAGCGCAUGGAGAGGCCAGUCCUGACCCUGGGAUCUGCUCUCCUUCACUGUCAGGCUGUCCCUUGCCUGCUUGACUGGAGCUAGGCUGCCACUCAGGACCUAGGUUCUUUAGGAUCUGGCCACAGGCUGCCUUGCCCAGCCCUUCCUUAGAGUAAGGCCUGGCUGCAUUUCUCCUGCAUGUCUGGGCUUUCCUGCCCAGUCCCUUCGGCCUCUUAGCCAGCUCCAGUCCAGUUUUGGGGCAGGGGGUUAGUAUUCUCCAGGUGCCCCUUACCCCCAGGGCUGUUUGAGUCCUUUCUGGAAGCAUUUGUGUAUCACAGUCUGGAAAAGUCCUUUCCUCAGAGGAAACUUGUGUCUGGGAAGAAGGUGAGUGGAGAGGUGGUUGAUCAGAGCAGUCUGUGCAGAGGUACAGGAGAACUCGCCGGCCCAGCAGGCGGGCCUGGAACCCUACUUCGACUUCAUCAUCACCAUUGGGCACUCGAGGCUGAACAAGGAGAAUGACACGCUGAAGGCGCUGCUGAAGGCCAAUGUGGAGAAGCCGGUGAAGCUGGAGGUGUUCAGCAUGAAGACCAUGAAGGUGCGCGAGGUGGAGGUGGUGCCCAGCAACAUGUGGGGCGGCCAGGGCCUGCUGGGAGCCAGCGUGCGCUUCUGCAGCUUCCGCAGGGCCAGUGAGCACGUGUGGCACGUGCUGGACGUGGAACCCUCUUCACCUGCUGCCUUGGCCGGCCUGCGCCCGUACACAGACUACAUAGUUGGCUCUGACCAGAUUCUCCAGGAGUCAGAAGACUUCUUCACUCUCAUUGAGUCCCAUGAGGGGAAGCCCCUGAAGCUGAUGGUGUAUAACUCUGAGUCUGACUCCUGCCGGGAGGUGACUGUGACUCCCAAUGCAGCCUGGGGUGGAGAGGGCAGUCUAGGGUGUGGUAUUGGUUACGGGUACCUGCACCGGAUCCCAACACAGCCCUCUGGCCAGUAUAAGAAGCCACCCAGUGUCUCACCACCUGGCACUCCAGCUAAGACCCCACAACUUAAUGCCUUUCCUCUUGGUGCGCCAUCACCUUUGUCCAUUCCUCAGGACUCUUCUGCUCCAGAGUUGGGUUCCAGGCAGAGUGACUACAUGCAGGUCCCUGGUAGCUUUAUGGAAGGACAGCUCCUUGGGCCUGGGAAUCCUAGCCAUGGUGCUGCUGACUGUGGGGGAUGCCUGCGUUCCAUGGAGCUUCCGCUUCAGCCUCCACCUCCGGUGCAGCGGGUCAUGGACCCAGGCUUCCUGGAUGUGUCCGGCAUGUCCCUCCUUGACAGCAGCAAUACAAGUGUGUGCCCCAGCCUGUCAUCUUCCACAGCGCUCACCUCCACAGCUGUUUCAGCCUCAGGACCAGAGGACAUUGGUUCCAGCAGCAGUUCUCAUGAGCGGGGUGGUGAAGCCACGUGGUCAGGGUCAGAGUUUGAGAUCUCCUUCCCAGACAGUCCAGGCGCCCAGGCCCAGGUGGACCACCUGCCCCAGCUGACUCUCCCUGAUGGCCUCACAUCUGCAGCCUCACCUGAAGAAGGGCUGUCUGCAGAGCUGCUGGAAGCACAGACUGAGGAGCCCGCAGACACAGCCACCCUGGAUUGCAGGGCAGAGACUGAGGGGCAAGCCAGCCAAGCCCAGGGUGUCUCAGAACCAGAGCCUGGGCUGUGAGAACGCCCCUGGUGACAUUUGGUGUGGCUUCGCUGUGUAGCUCUCUAGGGUGCGGCCUCUAGUGAGGCACGGGCUUUGCUGGAGUACAUGGUCCUGGAUUGAUGGGGCAGGACACGGGAGCAACAUCCAGCUUCUGUAGAGGCAGGAGACGGAAUCUAAGGCUGUGUCAAUGAAGCAUUGGAACUUCAUGGGGAGGGAGAGGCAGCAGGCCCCAUCCCAGUUAUCAUGUGAAGAUGGGGUGAGGGACAAGAGGCUGUGUUCACAAGCAGCCAUACCUGUACUGAGGUGGACCCCAAGUCCCAGUGCCCUUCCUCAUCCCAAUCCUUAGAUUGGAUGAGAGGUAGUAUACUUGGCCCUUUCUUUCUAGGUCCUUCAGAGGGAUCUACCUCUGCUGGCUGUACACUAGCCCCAGGGAGCGGUGGGAAGGAGACAUACUCCAGUUCUUGUGUCCUAUGCUCUCUCCCUUCAGCCUUUACAUGCAGACAUCAGGCUGAAUACACAGGGUAUAGCUGGCUCUGAUGGUAGACAGGUCAAACUACGCUUACUGUCAAAACCCCCUACCCAACCCCUCUUGCCCUGGCUUCCCCCAGGAGAGCUGGAUGAGAGUGGGUAAGGCCCCUCCCAUCUGUCCUCAGGGUAAGGGAAAGGUGCCUUUAGAGGUUCAGGCUCUGAGGGGACAUCUGCGAUGCUGCCUUGCUACAGAUGGCACCAGGCAUGUCCUCUGCAGCUCCAGUCCCGUGUCCUUGCUAAUCUUCGUAGGCUGCCUUCGGACUUGUUUUCUAGCCUUUGUCCCACCAUCCACAGACGGUGUAACUGUUCAGGGCACUUGGGCUGUUAAGCCAAGGACUCUCUCUGUUCUAGGAAGCACAGGCCAAGUAGUAUAGUGGGCUAGGUCCCUGGAUGGGCGAACACAACCCCAAGCACUAACUAGGAAUACAUUUAUUGUGGGGCCCCCUAGGGCCAGUUUAAUUUAGCUCUGUGGUUAGAUACCUUGACCACCAGCUGCCUUCACUGGAAGAUUCUGCUCCCCAAGACCCCCGUAAGUGGGGUGAGAUGGAUGCUGAUGCUGUUUUAAGUAUGAAUCUCCAGAUGUUUCAUUCCUUGUAAUCUGUUGUGGGGGAAAGUGACAAGUAAAAAAAUAAACAUGUCCGGCACACGGA